AAGCUAAAACUAUUCGCAAUUGUUGGCAUCAUACAAAAAUUCUUUCAAGUGAUGCUGGUUUUAAAAUUCAGAACCUCCCUAAUGAUAUUUGUAGAACAAAUGAUUUGGUGUUAGAUAGGUUUAUUAAUGCACUUAGUUCAUUUUGUCUCUCUAAUGCAAUGAAAACUGAUAAAUUCCUUAUGAUUAAUGAUGAGAACAUUGUUUAUAAAAUUUCAGAAGAUGAUCAGAUUAUCAAAGAACUUGCAUAUAUGUUUAAAAAAGAUGCAAGCAUUGAAACUAUUGAUAAAAAUAGUGCUGAAAUAGAUGAUGAGAAUGAUAGUAUUGAAAUUACAACUAUUAGUGGUAGUUCAGCAUUAAAUAAUUUAGAAAAUAUUUGUUUAUUUUUAUUUCAAGUGAGCAAUUCAAGCUAG